AAACAUGGCUGCUCCCUGCUGUCGGCGUGUGUGUAAACAGUUGUAACAUUAGCUGAGGGAAGAAACUUUUCAUGAACCAUUUAAGUCGCACGUCGGUCUUCGGAAUAUUAUUCUUCUCGUAUCGAACAACGAGGCCAAGAUGAAGAUCAAAUCCAAGUCUUCGUAUCACAAGUCUGAGAACACCUACAGGUUUCUCACAUUUGCUGAGAGACUUGCCAACGUCAACAUCGAUGUCAUCCAUCGCAUUGACAGGACUGGAUCUUAUGCUGAGGAAGUAGAAACAUACUUCUCCGAAGGACUGACAAAAUGGAGAGACCUCAACUUGACAGAACAUUUCACUACAUUUUUGAAAGAAGUGUCCAACAAGAGCCAGUCGUUCAACAUGCUGGUGUUCCAUCAGAAGUCCAUAGUGGAAACCCUGAAAAAGCACCUGGCUGUCAAGAACAGCCUGGCCUACCAACCCCUGCUGGACCUGGUGGUGCAGCUGGCCAGAGACCUGCAGACCGACUUCUAUCCGCACUUCCCCGACUUCUUCGUCCUGAUCAGCUCACUGCUGGACACCAAGGACACGGAGGUCCUGGAGUGGGUGUUCACCUGCCUCUCCUACCUCUACAAGUACCUGUGGAGACUCAUGGUGAAGGACAUGGCCAACAUCUACAGUCUGUACAGCACACUGUUGGAGCACAAGAAAGAGCACAUCCGCAAGUUUGCAGCAGAGAGCUUCUCUUUUCUGAUGAGAAAGGUCCCAGAUCUCGACGCGCUGCUGACCCACGUGUUCUCAGACCUGGAGCAGCACCCCGACAAAGUGGAGGGAACCGGUCAGCUGCUGUUUGAGAUGUGCAAGGGAGUCAGGCACAUGUUCCAUUCCUGUGCUGGAACAGCUUUCCCUGUGGCUUUGCGUAAGCUCGGCCCCACGACCAACCCCGGCACCUCUCUGCCGUGGAACUCCGUCAGGGACGCCCUGGAUCACAUGGCCCAGGCUGCAGCCGACCACGUUGACAGAGAGCACUUCCUGGUUUUGUGGGAGUCUCUGCAGGUCAGUGUGGAGGAGGUCUUGGCGGUCAUGGAGGCGAAGGGAGAAAACGCGGCCUUGGCGACAGAGCAGCUGGAGAGGCUGCUGUUUAUUAUCCACACUUUGACGUCCUACAAGGAUGGAGCCAAGGUUACCAAACCAGAAGCCGUUUGCCAGACGGUGUUGCGGCUGAUUAAGAGCUCGUCCCUGUCAGCUCCCUGCUCCCGUCUCCUCCUCCAGAUCCUCUCCUCUCUGCUCCUCGGGGAGAACAUCAGCCUGCCCAAAGGCCUCGUCCAGGAGACCGUGCAAAAGGUGUUCGGCAGCACAACAGAGCACGAUCUGAUACUGGAGUUCACCAAGGAGAUGUUCACUAUGAAACAGUUUGAGCAGCUCUUCCUCCCCAGCCUGCUGCGCUUCACCGCCGGGCUGUUCGGCUGCGGCGACGCCCUGUCUCGCCACCGCGGCCUGGACGCGCUGGUCAGCCUGAUCCUCGCCAAAGCCCCGCCCCCUACCGAUGGCUCCAUGGCCUUUGAGACCUACCCGCUGCUCUUCACCGGGCAGACCACGGGAGUGUUCAGCAGUAAAGAGGCGGGUCAGGCCAGCAGUGAGCAGCCUCCAGUACCGGAGCAGGUGCUGUCGCUGAUCAGAUUACCUGAGGAGGAGAACCGGUCCAUGUCUGACCUGUCGCAGCCUUGGGCUGCUCUGAUGCUGCUGCCACACCUCAGACCUCUGGCUCCAGCUGAUGUUGUUCCUGCUGUGACGUCUUUAUUGAUCCACCUCCUGUGUGAGAUUGAGACAGAGAAACUAGGGAAAGCUGCUCUGUUCGUAGCCAGACAGGCUCUGAGCUGCCUACUGUCUCUGGACAGCUCUGCCCAGCUCCUCUCUCUGGUGACUGUAGACAAAGUCAGCUCCAUCCUGCGGAAGUUUCCCACAGACCCGUCGGCUCUGCUGCUAGCUGACUUGUACUACACCCGCCUGUCGCUCAAUGGCGUUUCAGAGCACCUGUCCCACAAUGCACUGCUGGAGCUCUACCAGAUGCUGCACACCAACCUCUCCUCUAACAUUUCUAAGAUCCGCCUGCUGACUCUGAGGAUCUUCUCUCAGUUUGAGGCUCAGCUCCCUCAUCAGGCCGAGGUAGUCCACCCACAGGGUGAGGACAAUGUGGAGGUGCAGCCGGUGUUUGCUGUUUGCCUGCAGGCAGAGCUGGUGCCGGCUUCAGUGCAGGACUACAGAGAGAAGCUGCUUCACCUCCGGAAGCUGAGACACGACCUGGUGCCGCGCAGUCUGCCUCAGGGGCCACCAGGAACCUUCCAGCAGGUUCCUCUGCGAUAUCUCAUAGCAAUGCUGUUCGUCAACUUCAGGCCUCUGUGGGAUCCAGUCAUUGAACUUCUUGUGAGCCACGCCAAAGGAAUGGACAACAAGGAGUUCUGGAGGGUGUACCAUGAACAGCUGGAGAUAGUAGCAGGGAUAGCCGAAAAGGAACUUGAAGAAGAUGAUGAAAGCGAUGAAGAGGGAUCUGAUCUGCACGGUGAACCAGGCUGUGAUGUCAUCGAAAGUGGGGACGUCGGGGUGCUGUUCCUGGACCAGCUAAAGUCGACCUCUGACCCUAAUGACAGGACGGAUUUCCCCAACUUCCGCAGCCUGCUGUGGCGCGCCAUGGCCCAGUUCCCGGAAAGGGUGGAGCCACGCAGCCGGGAGCUGAGCCCCCUGCUGCUCAGGUUUAUUAGGAAUGAGUUUUAUCCCACCGACCUGCUGGUGGCGCCGACUCAGGACCUGAGGAAGAGAAGCGAAGCCGCUCUCGAGGAGAUGGGGAUGACUGUAGAGGUGGAAGAAGAAGAGGAGGAAGAGGAGCAGGAGCCAGAGGAGGGAAACAAACAACAGAGGAAGGCACUGCCGAGGAGAGUCGCUGCCAAACAUCUUAUCGCCCAUCUGAAGGUGUUCGCCAAAUUCACCAACCCUCGCUCUCUGUAUUUGGAGAGCAGCCUCCGUGAGCUCUAUAACCAGCUGCUGUGCCACCAGGACCAACAGAUUCAGAAAGUGGCGCUGGAGUGUGUCCUCACAUACAAAGACCCAAACAUAGUGCCGUACAAGGAGAAUCUCGAGAGGCUUCUGGAUGACAAACACUUCAAAGAUGAGAUUGUCCACUUCAACAUUUCCGAGGAGACAGGAGUGGUUGACGCUUCCCACAGAGACAGACUCAUCCCGCUGCUCAUGAGGAUCCUGUUUGGCCGCCUGCGCACUAAAGCCGGCAGCAGGUUUCAGGGGAAGGCGACCGCCUCCUCCCGGUCCUCCAUCAUCCUGCGCUUCCUGGCCGGUUGCCAGGCUGAGGAGCUGGGAAUGUUCAUCGACCUGCUUCUGGAGCCUGUGUCCCAUCACAGCCAAGGCUCCUGUCUGGCUGCAGUGGAGAAGGCGGUUGCAGAGACGGACUUGGGCGCCGUCCUGCCGCUGGGCCGCCAGCACAGCCUUCUGAACAUCAUCAACGUGGUGAUCCAUAAGCUGGGCCACCUCAUCCACAUGUACCUGCCCAAAGUGCUGCAGAUCCUGCUGUGUGUCACGUCCUCGGUGUCCACCAUCUUGGACAGCAGGGACCAGCUUAAACCAGGUUGCAUUAGUCCUCUGAAGAACCUGAGGCGACUCGGCAUCUUGAGGAUCCAGGACUUUUUUGAUGGCUUUGACUCGUACAACUUCACCCCAGAUGAGAUUGAUGCUGUGUUCCAUGGUGUGGUCUGGCCUCAGGUGUGUCGUCUCCCCACGGAGAGCACCUACUCCCCCACCCCUCUCCUGAAGCUCAUCCAGGUGUGGUGCAAAGACGCCAGGUUCUUCCCCCUGCUAGCCAAGCAGAGGCCAGGCCGCCCGGACUGCGGCAUCCUCCUGAACGUCUUCGCCCUCCUCUCAGCCAAGAACGCGUCCCCAGCUACCAUCGCCAUGGUGAUGGGCAUUGCCGAGUUUCUAGCAACAGCCCAAGACUUUGUUGCCUCGGAGGCUGAGUCCGAGAUCAGCGUGAACGGCAGUGUUUUCCCGCAGCCUGAGGAGGCCUCUGUCGUGACUGCAGACUCAUUAAGUCAAGGCUCCAGACUGCUCCUGCCUCACAUCUCCACCCUGCUGCACUACCUGAGCGGAGUUGUUCGCAACACAGAGAGACUGAAGAAGAAGAAGUUCAGGGCACAGGUGGCCAGAGAGCUCAACAUCCUCUCCAAGGUCAGUCGAUUUGUGACUGACAAGGAGCAAAGCUCGGUGCUCAUCAGCCUGCUGCUUCCAUAUCUCCAGAAAGGUCACAACCCUCAAGAGACGGAAAUCGACAUCCUGGCCACCAUCCAGAACCUGCUGCGGCAGUGCAUGCAGCCAUCGGACUUCCUGCGACCGCUCACCAAACUCUUCUCCGUCAUUCACAACAAGCUGCCGAGGCAGGCUCUCACCAACGUCUUCCAGACUCUGUCAGAUCUGGAUCCUUCGCUCACAUAUAUCACUGAUUUAGCAGCAAAGCUCAACGCAUUCGACAGCCGACACUUGGAUGAGGUCUACUUCGACGUGCGGCUGACGGCUUUCCAAGACGCUGCAAGGCGAGUCAGAGACAUGCAGACUCUGGACUUGGACUACAUCAGCACCAUCAUGCACAACUGUUUCCACACAUAUGAGAUUGGAGACAUGUCGCUGGCAGACAACGCCACCUUGUGCCUCUCUGCAGUCAUCACCCAGCUGGCAGUCGUGGGGCCCGGAGAGCAGAUCUACAGGGACGUAGUGCAACACACCAUCCUGGACGCUGUACUCAAAGGGCUCCGCAGCAAGACUGAUAGCGUGCAGCAUGAAUACACCACCAUACUGGCCUGCCUGGUGAAGACCUUUCCCUCCAAGAAAGAGUUCAGAGACCUGGUGCAGCUCACCAACUACAACGACCCUGAGUCUGACUUCUUUGAGCACAUGAAGCACAUCCAGAUCCACCGACGGGGUCGUGCUCUGAGGAAGUUGGCCAAACAGCUGACGGAGGGCACGGUGGUGCUGACGCCGCGUUCCCUCCAGAACUACAUCAUGCCGUACGCCAUGACCGCCCUGCUGGACGAAACGAUGCUCAAGCACGAGAACAUGACGUCGGCCUCGGUGGAGGUGGUGGGCGCAGUGUGUCGCAAGCUGACCUGGUCCAAGUACCUCUACCACCUGAAACACUUCAUUCACAUCCUGCAGACGGGACAGGCUGAGCAGAAACUGGCUGUCAGUUUGCUAGUCACAGCUUUGGAAGCUUUCCAUUUUGACCACCAGACCCUCAGCAGAGAAAUGGAAGCUGCCAAAGCCAGAGAAGCUGGAGGUGUCACGAUCGAGGAGGAAGAUGAAACUGAAGCUGAACGUUUGGAAUUGGACGUGAGCGAUGAUGAGGAAGGAAUGGAGAUCGACGGCAAAGUUGCUCCCUCUGACGUCCCCAUGGAAACGGAGGAUGCUGAUAGAGAAAAGGCUGGCAUACCAGAGGAAGCGGCCGCCGCUAAAGCCAAAGCGCAGGCCGCCGUGGCCAGCGGACUUCCACAGAGCAGUGAGGGGCUGGAGACUCUGAUCAGAGCCAUCCACCAGACGGUUAAUGACAGCGUGCUGCCCCGCCUGCACAAGUGUCUCACCGCAAAGGUGAAGCGUGACGAGGAGCACAAGGCUGUGAAGUCAAAGGAAGUGAAGGAAGAGGAGGUGGUGCGGAUACCGUUGGCUUUCGCUAUGGUCAAGCUGAUGCAGACCCUGCCUCCACACAUCAUGGAGGUCAACCUGCCGGGGAUCCUCAUCAAGGUUUGCGUUUUACUGAGGAACCGCUUCCAGGAGAUCCGCGAUGUGGCGAGGGGCACUCUGGUGAAGAUCAUCGAGACUUUAGGCUGCAGGUAUCUGCAGUACCUGCUCAAGGAGAUGCAGGGGGUUCUGGUCAAAGGCUACCAGGUCCACGUGCUGACCUUUACAGUGUACCAGCUGUUGUCGGUCCUCAAACCAACCCUGAAGAGCGGUGACUUGGACCCCUGCAUGAACAUGCUCAUCGACAUCUUCAACAACGAGCUGUUCGGGGCAGUGGCUGAGGAGAAGGAAGUGAAGGGCAUCGUUUCCAAGCUGAUGGAGGCGCGACACAGCAAGAGCAUGGACUCCUACGAGCUGCUGGCACAGUUUUGCAGCAAGGAGAGCAUCACCAAGCUCAUACUGCCACUGAAGGAGAUCCUGGAGACCUCCUGCAGUUUGAAGCAGUGUAACCGGGUGACUGCAGUACUGCGGCGACUGGUCCUGGGUCUUCUCGUCAACACUGGCAUGACCUCUCAAGACGUCCUGUUGCUGAGCCACGGCCUGGUCAGCCAGAGCCUGCCGCUGCUCACCAAGAGGGAUCGAGAGAAAAAAUCGGCGAAGCCUCCUCCAGAUCCGAGGCUGCCCCCUCCGAGCUGCCUCCUCCUGCCUCCGACUCCGAAGAGAGGAGGUCAGAGAGCUCCCGUCAGCAGCCGAACCAACAUGCACAUCCUGGUGGACGCCGGGCUCAAGUUGCUCCACCUGAGUCUGAAGAGGUCUAAAGUGUCGAUGUCUGAGGCGUCAGACCUGCAGAUGCUGGAUCCUUUCAUACUGCUGCUGCUCGACUGCAUCGACUCCAUGCACGUCAAGGUGAUCACGGAGGCUCUGGUGGCCUUCACCCUGCUGCUGAAGGCCCCUCUGCCAGCAGUGGAGCAGAACGCCAGCCAGCUGACCAAGCAGCUCUUCGUCCUGCUCAAGGAUUACUCCAAGGCUGGAGCUGCACGUGGGGAGAACUACCAACUGGUCCAAAACUGCUUUAAGGCCAUCACUAUCCUGGUGAAGAACGUCAAAAGCAACAAGAUAUCCGAGGCGCAGCUGCAAGUGCUGCUGGGAUACGCUGAGGAGGACAUCUAUGACCAGUCACGCCAGGCCACCGCCUUCGGUUUGCUCAAGGCCAUUCUGUCCAGGAAGCUCGUUGUUCCAGAGAUGGAGGAGGUGAUGAAGAAAGUGGCCAAGUUGUCCGUUACGGGCAGCAACGCUAUGAUCAGAAUACACUGUCGACAGAUCUAUCUGAAAUACCUGCUGGACUACCCGCUGGGGAGGAAGCUAAAAGACCACCUGGACUUUGUGGUGGCUCAGCUGCAAUAUGAUCACGACACGGGUAGGGAGUCUGUGCUGGAGAUGCUGGCGUACAUCUUCCAGACCUUCCCUCAGAAACUGUUGCGGCAGUACAACGGCCUUUUCUUCGCCCCGCUGGCCCUCGUGGUGGUCAACGAUGACUCUGCGCGCUGUAAAAAAAUGGCUGCCAUGGCGAUCAAGGCCCUGCUUGCCCAGCUGGACUUGGACCACCAGAACACACUGUUCUCCCUCGUCAACACCUGGCUCAAUUCAGAAAAGGCUAGCCUGCGGCGUCUCGGCUCUCAGAUCUGUGGCCUGUACGUGGAGGUGGAGGAGGAGGCGUUUGCCCGUCGAAUGGACAACCUGCUGCCUCUGCUGGAGAAAGAGAUCAACCCCGACAACUAUGAAGAUAUUGAGGAGGAGCAGGACGAGAGAGGAGCUGACAGGCUGCUCUUCAGCCAUCUGACUCUCAUCACCAAACUGAGCAAACACUGCGGCCUCCUGGAGCUCAGCCAGCCUCACGACACGCUCAGUCGCAUAUGGGGUCAUAUUGAAGCGCACCUGCGGUACCCUCACUGCUGGGUGUGGCUGACCGCCUCGCAGCUCUUCGGUCAGCUGUUCGCGGCUCAUCAGGCGGAGCAGCUGGUCGCCAUCUGGAGAGGAGAGGGAGGGGCUCCGUCUCAGUCAGCGGCCACCGAAUUCAUCAGCAACAACCUGGACAAGAAGAUAAGAGAGUUGGCGUUGUCGUUCUGCCAUCAGCUGCAGUCCAAGUUCCUCGACACGGCGUCAGGAGAGCAGGUGAUCAAGAACCUGCUGUUCGUUGGCAAGGUGAUCUACCUCAUUUCCCCCGAGUCUGACGUCGCUCCCCCUCAGGAAGAAGAGAAGGAUGAGGAGGAGCAGAGGGAGAAUGGAGAUGGAGAAGGGGAGCAAGUAAAGGAAGAGGAGGAGGAGGAGGAGGAAGAAGAGAACGAGGGCGACAAGGACGACCGGCCUCCGUCGCUUCUGUGGCUGAUGAAGAAACUUUCUCUGAUGGCUAAGAGAGAGGCAGCGUACACUCCUAAAGUUCCCCUCAAGAGAACGUGUGUGUUUAAGUUCUUGGGCGCGAUCGCCAUGGACCUGGGGAAGGAACGGCUCAGCCCGUAUCUGAGCACCAUCAUCACUCCUCUGUACAGAGAGCUGGACAGCACAUACGCAGAUCAAGACCCCACGCUGAAGAACCUGGCGCAGGAGCUGAUCGAGCUGCUGAAGAGACAAGUGGGGCUGGAGAAGUUCUCCCUGGCCUUCUCCGCCGUCCAGAGGGAGUUUUCGAAGAGGCGGGCGGCGCGCAAGCAGCACCGAGCCAUGCAGGCGGUGGCUAACCCAGAUAUCGCCGCCAAGAAGAAGCUCAAGAAGCACAAGAACAAAAUUGAAGCCAAAAAGAGGAAGAUCGAGUUCCUGCGGCCCGGGUAUAAAGCCAAGAAGCACCGCAGCCACGCGCUCAAAGACCUGGCCAUGGUGCAGUGAGCAGCGGCGGACGCUGCGUCUCUUUGUCGAGGACACUAGGUGGGAAUGAAAUGGGAGAUUUCAUGAGGCCCACCCCGCUGAUGUUACAUCAUCACUUUUAACAUUCUGAGUAAUACACCAGUAUGAUGUGUGAAGAGUCCACACAAAAUGUUAAUUACUUCCCACAGAUCCAGCAUCCUUGUGUGUUUAGAAGUCGUCUCGAGCCGUGAUGAAUUUCAGAUGGAACCUGAAGUGUAUUUUUUAUUUUCCCGCUGUCAGAUUUCUAUCGUGUGCAGUUAAAUGUACAGGUUUUUUGUAAUUAAAACGCGUGUACUGACUCUCCAUCAUUACCGGAGCCCAGUCAUUACCAGAGAUAUGAAAAUAAAAAAAAAUAAAAAACACUGGUACAAUCACUGAUCUUUACUGAGAACCAGCUUCACUGUACAAGCAGAUAUCAGAUAUAAAUAUGCAACCAGAAAACUUUGAGCACACAGUUAGUGUUCAGUAACUAAAUGACCGAUAUGCCAAAGCUCAGAGGAUUUCAAUGGAAAAAAAAGCUUUAACCACUAAAUUAUUAAACACAACAUAAAUCACCAGGAAGGAGAAAAAUAGAAAUCCAUGACAUUGCAUCUGCCAGACUAUAUAAUACAAAAAAGAGCCCAGGCUGCAGUAACAUUUGGCUAAGGGGCAAAUAGAUUCAGUUUAAAGCCAUGUUAUUAGAACAUGUCGUACAAGUCGAGAUAUUUGCAGCGCUGCACAGAGAUUCCAUGUUUUCGGACAGUUCAGUAGUGUACAGUAGCAACCACUGUAGCGUUGUCUGUUGAUCAGGAGGCACACAGGACUGAGAUUCAUGCUGACAAAUUUCAGUGUCUUUUAUAGAGAAACGCUGCCUCCUGGUGGAUCUUCAUGGCACUUUUUUUUUUUU